CUGCUUGCCCAAAGGCGACACGCACCCAAUAACCCACUGACAUACAAAACACCACCCACGGAGAAUCACGCUGUGCUGUGAAAUGGAGCAUAUUGACAUCUACUGACAACAGAGGUGGCAGUCCAACAGCAGAUCUACAAGUUAUUCACGGACCGUGCGUGUUUGCACCAGAGCGUUGGCACUUUAGUGUGCGCGCACACCGCGGAUGUAGCCGCUUGCGCAAAUCGCGCGCAGGCGUUCGGCGUCGAUCCCGUGUGGUUUCUGCAGACCCACCGCUGGUCGCGCGCUUUACUACUACAACUCCUCCUGGAGCCGCCGCCGCCGCUGCUGUCAAGCGCAGACUGAAGGAACACGCGCUAAAGGUGCGGAGCAGAGAGCAGCCGCGCGAGGACGUGGGAGAGCCCACGCGUCUUUGAGGUGUUCACGCGUCCGUACAGGCAAUAAUGGAGGUCUGAACUUCGGGAGGAUCUGCGGGGAGGAUUAGCUACAUCUGACCGGUGAGACGAACUAAGGGAAGGAAUCCAGCUUGCAUCGAUCACCGGGUCACGGAGAGGAAACGUGCGUUAUGGCGCGCGGGGACGCUCGUUUGUGGAGCUGGCAGGUGCUUUUGGCCAUCUCGAUGGUCAUCACCUCCCUGUCUGCUCACGGAAGACAUUCACUCGUCAAGCGCCAUCAUCACCACAACCACUCGUCUGUCAACAAGGAGGCCUUGGACACCAGGAUGGUCCUUAGCGAUGACUCGGCAGAAAAGGACCACCUCAUUGGAGCAGGACACAGACCAAGCCUUCCACUCCAUUCUACCAGACAUCACCGCUUUCAUAAACACCAUUACCUAGAUUUUGCUGAAGAGGGCACACCUGUGGCAGAGGAGCUAACUGCCGGCGGGGGACCAGAUGCUCAUGGGAAUUCCUUGUCCGAUGAUGUAAUCCCCGUUAAGUUUCAUAGCCCUGCCCCAGACGUUGUGCCCUCUGAUGUAGCUUUGGAUUGGGCAAAAGUCCCCAAACCGCAAAAGCAGAAAAGUGGGGACUCCACCCAAUGGGGACUGUCUGACUUUUACGACGACCCAGCUCCUGACGACGAUCUCUCAGCAUUAGAUUCAACUCCUGCACCCGAUCCCACUCCGUCACCUCCACCUGAUGUGGAUGAUGAGAAUCCACUCCUGCCCGGAACCCCGGCAGUUUUUAAUGAAGUGGGGCCAAAAAUGGACACUGGAUCAUCUCCAGCAGCUGGUCCCAUCCCAAGCCCAGACCCAGACCAGGGUUUAGGUGUUGGUGGAGCCAUGGGUGCAGAUGGUUGUAGGCUGGGCUUUGUACUUUCUGGACCUGGAGUUUGUGUUGCUCAGUGCGACACGGAGCCUAAUUUCUGCUUCAACGGAGGAGUGUGCACCGUAGUACCAGGGAGUGGAGCCUUCUGCAGGUGCAACGUGCAGGAAUAUAUCUGGAACAAAGGCACGCGUUGCGAAUGGGCUGUCACGGAGUUCCAGGUGUUGUGCAUGGUGGUGGGCGUGGCCUCUGUUGUGCUCCUAAUGCUCUUCAUGAUCAUAGUAUUUUUUGCCAAAAGACUUUACCAACUCAAGAACGAGAACAGGCGCCUUCGCAAACGCAGUAAGUACCGCACACAGAGCAGCGAGCCACAGACAGACGGCCUCUCCGUUUCAACUACGGCGGACAGCUCUCAACCAAAUGUAAGGAAACUCUGUGACACCCCCCCGCCUGCACCCCAAGCUCAUACUCACAACCUGGCGUACUAUGACAACAUUAUCUGUCAGGAUGAGCCCCAGAAGAAGGACAACCAAGCUAAGUCCCCUCCAUCCAAGGAAGAAGGCUCUAUGAACAUCCUCAACUCUCAUUCUCCAAAGCACGAGAACAACCGCCCUGCUUCCAUCAUCCAUGGAAGCACCCCUAACAGCACAGAAGAAAAUGCUGAGGUAAACAAGCUCCAGAACAACCUGGUGUAACGUCGCCGGGCGACAAAGAUCGAGAUAUCAGACGGAAAUGUCUACAGCACAUUCCAGAGUUCCUACAACAUAGUUUACUCCAUGCCAAGUGCAUACUGUGAGUUUUUAGCGGUUUUAAAACACCUAUUGGCAAAAAAAAAAGAGAGCACAACAUGAAUUAUAUUGAGACAACUUAAGAAGCACAACAAAUCUGUUUACAAGGCUGCCAUGUUUAUGCUGACCACAUGACGGCGCCACUGCCUCAUUUCCUUUGUCUAUCUGAUUCUGACGCUGGACUGAAACCAUUAGCUUGGUCCUAUUGACUGACAGACUGACUGACUGACUGACUUUUCUCUUUACCGAUGCCCUGCCUUGGUCUUUGGCCAAUGACCUCCUUCAUUGUUUCUCCCCUGCCCCACCCCCCUGCCUGACCCUGCCUUCUCGUCUCUUUCUGCUCGCAUGUAUUGAUGUAAAAAAAAAUAAAAGUGUCUGAAAACAUAAAAUUUGCUUAAGAAAUAUGUGAAAGUUAAGUGAAUCUGUAUUUGCGAACUAGUCAUGUUUGACAUUGCUAAUUAGUGGAUUUGUCUAGAUUACAUGAGGUUGAAGUAAAUGCUUGGAGUUGAUAGUCUAUAUAUGCAUAUAAUUCACACGCUGUGUCUUGGCUUUAUUCAGUGUGUUUUUUCUAUUACUUUAAUGUACUUGAGAUUCUUUUGUACUUUUUUGGGUAUAAAUGGAGGAUUACAGUUGACAGUUGUUGGAAUAAAUCUUUUUCAUUUUA